AAUAUGCUCAGUUAUUAUUUUAUCAAUACCUCCGAAAAAUUAAAAAAUUGACAGAGAAAAUAAGUUGUUUAGAAAUCUGAAACUUUGUACAAUGAGUAAAUUAGAAGAUAUAUUAGCAAAGAAGAAAACGGUUGUUCCUGUACUUGAUCUAAGUAAGAACAUCGCUCAGACCAAAGAAGAAUUUAAACGGCUAAUGGAAAAAGUGCCCGAUUAUAAAAUGCGUCCAAUCAAAGUACGUGCAGAUGAAAUAAAGAUUAAAGAGAAAGAUUUCUCGUUUAAGAUUUCAAAGAAAGAGGUCAGAAAACUAUUAAAGCAUAAUGGCGAGCGGGAACCGAUUUAUACAUACGCAGAUCCUAUACCGUCCGAAAUGAAGGAUGUAACUAUAAUGGACUUAUGCUCAGUACCAAUCGAUUGGAAGAUGCUUACUACAUUACGCCCGAAGUCUAAGCAAGAAGAAGAGUACUUUAGUCGAAUGACGGAGAUGGCCAAGUUGCAAUUGAAGACUGAAAUGCGUGAUCGUAGGGAGUUCAUUCUUAAUAAUUGCAUAAAAAAGAAUAAAAAUAAAUCUGGCAUUGUAGAAACUAAGUUGGCAACAUGUGCCGAAUGCGGACAAGAAAUGUGUUGUGGAAAGGCCUGCAUGGAUUUCAAUUAUGAUCUAUUUGUGCGCAUUGAACCAAAAAUGUCAAAGCCCAAACCACCAGUAAAUAACAUAAACAAAGGGAAAUUAUCUGGUCGGAAAUCUCUCACGAAGAAUGGAAUGAAGAAUAAAGCAAACAAGAAAAAAAUGCCUCCUUCUGCCAUGCCGAUGGUUUAAUAACUCUUUCAUAAACACAAUAUAAUGAAUGCUAAACCUUUACAUCUUUAGAACAUUAUUCAAAUUUAUUAUAUUUUAAAGUAUCGCCAUCUUUGUUGAAAAAAUUUAAGGCAAAUAAGAAUGAGAAAGUGUUUGUCCUAGUUCCUUAACAGAAGAAGUAAAAGGAAAAUAACCGCGCCGACAGAACUCAUUAAACCAAUUAACAGGUGGGUCGAAAAAUUAGCAUUGUUAUAAAAUAAAUUUCGUUAAUCAAAAUAAAAAUAAAUAUUCACGAUUGACAAAACUUAUUUUACGAACCUUUCAUCGACAUCUAUUAAGAUAAAUGGAAUGUCAAUUCAGAAUAAAUGUGUCAAAACGUGACUCCAUUUAAAUUACACAUUUAUUUAAUUUUAGUACCAAACAUUUUUUAGUUAUUACUAGCUUAUAAACAAAACACCACAAGUAAGAAU